AUAAAGACUUUCCAUAAUCUUCUGAUUACUCCAAAACUCUCCUUGUGCCAAAUAAUUUGACGGAAAUUAAACACCAAGGGCAGAAUCUGUAAAUUUUACCAUUUUGAGGGUGUUUUUAGCUAAAAGCACCUGAUCACAAAAAUCCUCUGCUAUCAUGAAAUUCCAACGAAAAGAGAAAUUCAUCGUGAUUUUUUGAAGCAUUAAAUUUUCGAUUUAAUGGCAUGUAUGUAUAGAUAAAGAUUAAGGUAUGGUUGCAUAUAAUAAACUCUCCAAAUCUCGCUCUUAGCGGAAGCUUUAUGCGCCGGCUGCCUUUCCUAUAUAUAUAUAGAUAUAGAUAAGAGUAUCAUGAUACCGGAAAAUCCACGGCCACUGCAAGCGCGUCCAUACGAGGAUCACAUGCACGCGCCGCUGCAGUCGGAGGAUGAUGAUGAAGACGGUGGCGCGUAUGAGGAUGAUGGAGAUGAAGAGACUAUGGAUGAAGCGGAGGAUGUAAGUAUGAAGGUAUUGAAUCAGCGUCAAUAUGGAGGAAGAGGAGGAGGAGGAGGAGGAGGAGUUGUGCAAGUUUGUAGAAGUAGUGAGCUUACUCUUGCUUUUGAAGGUGAAGUCUAUGUUUUCCCUGCUGUUACUCCUGAUAAGGUGCAAGCAGUGCUCUUACUAUUGGGGGGAUGUGACAUUCCUACUGCUGUGCCCACUGUUGAACUUCCAUUCGACAAGAAGGUUGAGGAUUUGCCAAAGCAAGCUAAUCCUUCGAGAAGAUUUGCCUCCUUGGUUAGGUUCCGUGAGAAGCGAAAGGAGAGAUGUUUUGACAAGAAAAUUAGAUAUAGUGUCAGGAAAGAGGUUGCUCAAAGGAUGCAUAGGAAGAAUGGUCAAUUUGCAUCUUUGAAAUCAAGUUCUGGAUCUUCUAGCUGUGAUUCAGCGAAGAGUAGCCUUGAAGGAGAUGGCACACAGCAAUCUGGCACUGUUCUUGGAAAGUGUCACCAUUGUGGGGUGAGUGAAAAUUGUACGCCAGCGAUGCGUCGUGGGCCAGAUGGACCAAGAACACUCUGCAAUGCAUGUGGACUUAAGUGGGCAAACAAGGGAACAUUGAGAGAUCUAAGCAAGGCAGCGAGGAAAAUUUCUGUUGAACCAAAUGAACUGGGAACUCCUGACAACCCCGUUAAGGCAUCUGCUGAAGGAUCUCUUGAUCAUAGUGCUGAUGUGGAAAAGAAAACUAUAGUUGAUUUUGGAAAUGCUUCCAAAACGGAGCUCGACAUUCCUACAAAAUUUGAUUAGUUGACUGCCUGUAAAUUGUUGUAACAUACCCGAUUGAUUCCGGAGAGACACUGCUAUUUCAAGCUGUCCCUCUUCAAAUUUGGAAUGGCUGUUGUUGAUGCGACAGUAAGCUUUGAUGCCUGUAAAUGAGAAGUAAAGAUUAUUGGUGCCUAACCAACCCAUACGAAGUGUGAUUGAUCGCAUCCUGUACAUAGCGAGCUAGUCGAAUUCUACACCUUUUUUGUUGUAUAUAUGAUGGUUUUACUGUGUGUAUACUUUUAACAGCUUGCUUAUACUGAUAAGGUGUCUUUGAUUUUC